AUGGUGGCUGUGUACACGAAUCACACAUGUAUCCACCGCUCUGUGGAGGGCCUUAGCUGUAUGAAUAAGGAGCAUGGCUGUGCUCACAUCUGCAAGGAGACACCCAAGGGAGGAGUGGCCUGCGAGUGCCGCCCAGGAUUCGAGCUGGCCAAGAACCAAAGAGGCUGCAUCUUGACCUGUAACCAUGGUAACGGGGGCUGCCAGCACACCUGCGAGGACAUGGAGCAGGGGCCCAUCUGCAGGUGUCAUGUGAGGUACACCCUGCACACUGACGGCAGGUCCUGUGUAGAMCGGGACGAGACAACUACUGAGAGCUCUGAUCACAACGCCACGUCCUUCACUGAGGUGGACAAACGUGUCAAGCGCAGACUGUUCAUGGAGAACUGUGCGGUGAAUAACGGGGGGUGUGACUCCACGUGUAAGGACACAUCCACGGGCGUACGCUGCAGCUGCCCUGUGGGCUUCACUCUGCAGCCUGACGGGAAGACGUGCAAAGACAUUAAUGAGUGUGAGCUGCACAACAGCGGUUGCGACCACUUCUGCAGGAACACCAUCGAUAUAGACGAGUGUUAUUUCGAAAGGACAUGUGGUCACACGUGUGUGAACUCCCCUGGUGGUUUUGAGUGUGUUUGCAACAAAGGGUACASCCUGUAUGGACUGGCCCACUGCGGAGACAUAAAUGAGUGCAGUGUGAACAACGGAGGUUGUGAGCAGGGUUGUGAGAACACCAUGGGUGGGUUUGAGUGCCACUGCCACCCUGGUUAUAAGCUACACUGGAACAAAAAYGAUUGUAUCGAGGCAGAGGGUUUCCCAGCAACAAAGCCCCCCUCUAAACCGACCUUAAACUGCAGCAGGCAGGAGGGAGGUGACCGCUGCUACCUGACCUGCCAGUCCCAGGUCCACAUCACCAGUGGGACGGAGGAUUCUUAUACAGUGACCUGUGGAAUGCCUCUGCCCUGCUUGGCUGGAGCACAAAGGAAUGGAAGUGGCUCAUAUUGCUUGGGACCAGAAAUGUCAAGUGUCCUGCGAAUUAAGACCACAGCCACUUUUAAGUCUGGCACAGGAAAGUGCAACUUGAAACGUAGUCAAGAGAGACUGAAGGAGAGCCUGAACGCAGCUCACUCAGACAGCAGGUCCCCCUUCACGGAGAACGUCCAGUUCAGUUAUGUGCGCUUGCGCUGCAGCUCGUCUGGCCACCGGAUGCGGAGCCGCCACGGCAGGAAGGCGGGUUACGAGGAGGAAGGCUCCACCAUCACGGCUGAGUUUGAGUUGGAUGUGAACCUAGAGGAGGUAACAGCAGAGAGCUGUGACCUGGGCUGUGUGCGCCGGCGCUCAGAGAAGAGGCUGAGGAAGACUAUCCGUACCCUGAGGAAGUCCAUCCACCGGGAGCAGUUCCACCUCCACUUCGCUGGCUCUAACUACGAGCUGGCCAAGAGGCUGGCCCGGCCGGUGGACCUGCCGGAACACUGUGGGAAAGGCAGAGAGAGAUUCAUAAUGAUUAGGAAGUGCUUGAGCUGCACUGUUGGAACGUACUAUGACAGGGAUCAGGGAAGAUGUGUUCUGUGUCCAGCUGGAAUGUACCAAGAUGAAGAGGGGAAGAAUUCUUGCGAGGCCUGCCCAGGGCCAGAGGUGAGAGGAAGCCCCAGGUCGGUUGGUGCGCGGAAUAUCUCUGAGUGUGGAGGUCAAUGUCCCCCUGGUCAGUUCUCCCAUGAUGGCUUCAUCCCUUGCCUGCCCUGUCCCCUGGGUACCUACCAGCCAGAGGUGGGGCGCACUUCUUGUUUCCACUGUGGAGGAAACCUGGUCACCAAACACAAUGGUGCCGUGUCCUUCCAGGAGUGUGAGACCAAAGUCCAGUGUUCACCGGGACAUUACUACAACACCAGCACACACCGCUGUAUCCGUUGUCCCAUGGGGACUUAUCAGAUGGAGUUUGGUCAGAAUUACUGCAUCUCCUGCCCAGGAAAUACCACCACUGACUUUGACGGCUCCACCAACAUCAUGCAGUGCAAAAACAGACACUGUGGGGGAGAGAUGGGAGAUUUCACUGGCUACAUCGAGUCUCCCAACUACCCAGGGAACUACCCAGCCAACAUUGAGUGCACCUGGACCAUCAACCCACCGCCCAAGCGCAGAAUCCUCAUCGUGGUCCCAGAGAUCUUCCUCCCCAUCGAGGAUGAGUGUGGAGACUACCUGGUCAUGAGAAAGAGCUCUCUCUCCAACUCUGUGACGACCUAUGAGACCUGCCAGACCUAUGAACGGCCUAUUGCCUUCACCUCCCGCUCCAAGAGGCUGUGGAUACAGUUUAAAUCGAAUGAAGGGAACAGUGGYAAGGGCUUCCAAGUCCCUUAUGUGACCUAUGAUGAGGACUACCAGGAACUCAUCGAAGAUAUAGUCAGAGAUGGAAGAUUAUAUGCCUCUGAAAAUCACCAAGAAAUUCUCAAGGACAAGAAGCUUAUGAAGGCACUGUUUGAUGUAUUGGCCCACCCACAGAACUUCUUCAACUACACAGCACAGGAGUCAAGAGAAAUGUUCCCCAAAUCCUUCAUCCGAUUUCUACGUUCUAAAGUCUUGAGAUUCCUUCGCCCUUAAGAAGGCACUAUCAUCAAGUUGCUURGUGGAUAUCUCAGAAAKCGCUURUACCAGUUAKUCCCUAGAAAAGAGUCCUUUACUUKUCCUMUCUGUACAGAGACUGACUGAGUCUAGAGUUGACUAAGAGAGAUGGACUCGGACACUUUCCUCAAAUGGACUUCAAUUGGACCUUCUGGGAAUAGGUGGGUAGUGGACUGUCAUGGUGGAGACAAGUGGCAGCUCCCGCUAUCACAUCUGGUCUACAUUCUAGAGCUAAGUUUUUUGUACUUCGAUACCACAUCUAACUCUGAUACUUUCAUACACUCCUGUGUGUGAACAUUGCAACAUUUAGACAGACUUUGUCUUUUCCUUUUGAUUUGAAACUUUCAGUCUCAGGAAUAAAGCUUGAAGUGGUAAGCUGAUUUGAUUGUUAGCAUUUAAAUUCAUGAAAGCUUCGAUUUGCAUACUGGUGUAACAACAACAUCUUGAAAAUAAUUAUGGUUAAUGGAACUUUCACCAAUAGCAUUGAAAGCAGAUGAGAAAAGACUCUUGAUUAUGUAUAAAAAGUUACCUGAGGUUUAUGCUAAAUGUCAACCACAUAGAUAGUGUAUACUUAUAACAUACAUUAUUAAAGUCAUGUUUCACAUUUAGAUCAGAAUUGUUGACAGAAAUAUGCCUGAAUAUGAGAAAAGAAUAUAGCACAAAUGUGACCUUAUGGUGGGAACUUUAAAGCACUACAAAGAAUGUAGUGAUACCACAAAAUAAAAUAGCCUAAUGAAUGUAUUGUAUAUUGUGUAAAAAGUAUUAGAUGAAAAUGUUAACGUAUUGUAGUUAACUGCAUUCCUGACACGUGUGCAGUAUCAACACAUCCCUUCACAACCUGUAUUUUUGCUGUCCUGAAAACAUGGUUGUACUUUAAAAAUGACUGGACAGUGAAUACUCCAUGCCACUGGGCUUUGAGUGAACAACAAAUGCCCAUGGAUCAAGACUAGCUCUUCACUAUGAUCAUUCAAACAGCUACCAAAGACUACUUUUCACUACUCAUAGAAGUGAGAUUAUUGAGUGGUGUGACUAGAAAUAUAGAGCAAUAU